CCUCCCUGUUCCUGGGCCCCUCCCCUAGAGCCCUAGCUUGACCUAAGGUGCUGGUGGGACGCACACCAUGGCCUCACGGGUGAUCUGCUUUCUGUCGCUGAACCUGCUACUGCUGGAUGUUAUCACUAGGCUCCAGGUUUCCGGACAGUUACAGUUGUCACCAAAGAAAGUGGACGCCGAAAUUGGCCAGGAGGUGAAGCUGACAUGCGAAGUGCUGCGGGACACUUCGCAAGGAUGCUCUUGGCUCUUCCAGAACUCCAGCUCCGAACUCUCCCAGCCCAUCUUCAUCAUCUAUGUAUCUUCAUCCCGGAGCAAGCUGAACGAUAAACUGGAUCCGAAUCUGUUCUCUGCCCGGAAGGAAAACACCAAAUACAUCCUCACCCUGAGCAAGUUCAGCACUAAAAACCAAGGCUACUAUUUCUGCUCAAUCACCAGCAACUCGGUGAUGUACUUCAGUCCUCUGGUGCCGGUGUUUCAGAAAGUGAACUCUAUUAUCGCCAAGCCGGUGACGCGAGCUCCCACACCAGUGCCUCCUCCUACAGGGACACCCCGGCCCCUACGACCAGAAGCUUGCCGACCCGGGGCGAGUGGCUCAGUGGAGGGAAUGGGAUUGGGCUUCGCCUGCGAUAUUUACAUCUGGGCACCCUUGGCCGGAAUCUGCGCGGUUCUUCUGCUGUCCCUGGUCAUCACUCUCAUCUGCUGCCACAGGAACCGAAGGCGUGUUUGCAAAUGUCCCAGGCCCCUUGUCAAGCCCAGACCUUCAGAGAAAUUCGUGUAAAAUGGCGCCACUAGGAAGCCACAACUACUACAUGACUUCAGAGAUUUCUCAUAAGAGACCGGGCCCUCCUUUUUCAGAGUUUCCUGCUGGCUUAUAUAUUGUCCUCUGUAUUGUUUUAGUGGGGGUGGGAUGGGGACAGUUCCUUUUUCUUUAUGAAUUCUCUUUGACACAAAACAUACUUGUAUGCACACAAUGGGGUAAAGAUCAGACUGUAACACCAGAGAUAGUCCCAGUUUCAGGGUCAGUGUAGCUGGUGGCCUCGGCACCCACUUGAUAUAAAUCUCCUGUCUGCCCAUCAUACAGAAGAAGCUGAAGAUCAGAGAUGGGAACAGCAAGAUCUGUAGACCAGGAGAGAACCCAAGCUGAAGGACCCCUCACUAGCUGGUGCGGGGAUCUCAUCUCCCUCCCCUGAGCUCUCUGUUUAGGUGACACACUUGUGCCUCAAACCACAAGGGAGCAAGUGGUAUGAACCUGUGAUCUGCUCAGCUCUGCCUGUGAGCGUCAGAUGUAACAAAUCCAAGACAAGAGAACUGCCCUUAGCAGUGCAACUGUACAUCAGAGCUCCUUGUAAGGAACUGGGAAAUUGCUGGCAGUCAAGGGAAGGGGUAGAGUAAAUCUGGAAAACAGUCCCCUCUGUCACUGAAGACUAACUCAAUUAAAGCUAUUCAAACCACCACUGUGAAAUCCCUGUGGAACUGAUUCUCUCGGCUCUGGUACAGCAGAGGGUGAGGUUUGACAGAUAUGAUUCAAGCAUCAGAGAAGCCUUAGGCGGGCCCUCUCCCAUUUCUAAACAUUAGACUUGGAUGUGCUCCUGGGAUCACCAGCAUGUUUUAUACUUUAUAAACAUAGAGUCCUUGGAGAACAUUCCUUAGCAUCCCCUGAAAGGCAGAUGUGAGGAUGGGGCAGAACAGACAUGGGGGAAGAGGUUGACUGUCAAACUGCUACCCCAGAGCGAAUUUCCUCUCACAGUACCAUAUAAGCAACAGAUACUAUGGAAUAACAACCCGAAGGAACCAAGAGUCACCCAUGAUCCUCAAUCUAUUGCUACUUUUAUACCUAGUUAUUUCCUAUGCAUAUAUCUGUAAGGAAGAUAUAUCUCCUGGGUUUUAAAACACAACAGUUUUUAUAAGUGGAUUUAGUAAAUAAACAUAAUAUAAUUUAA